CCAAGUGAGGUCAGCAAAGGUAUUUAUCGAAAAGGACUGAACAACAGGCUCAACACACACAUGCACGCGCACGCAUAAGCACAUACACACCAUCGCUCCAGUGCUUGAUUUAUGGAAACAAUUAUAAUUCUGGUGGAGUCUUUCUGAACUGAGAAAGUUUGUAGCUACAGUAGAGUGUCUCAUGUUGCAAAAAGGAGACAACAGAAAUGGAGUACUUGGGUAUCCAGCUCUUAUCAACAGCAACAAAUCUUUUACUUCCAGUGCAAGCAGCAAAUUCAAGUAGUAAAGAAGGUCACGACAACAAAGGUUUUUAUAACUUGUGCCUUUAAAGGAUAUUCUGACUGAAGAGAYACUUAAGAAGCUCUUCUAUUUCGCCAUUUACUAUUAAGGAAUAACGAUCAGAAUUCUAGAAGAGGGAGCAAUCUCAUUUAAAUGAAUCUGUAACUCGUAAAGACAGAAGGCAGGUCGGUGACCUAAGAGCAACAAUCUACUUGAGAUUUAAUUUUCAUUAUGUUGUUCAUGAACACCCAGAACACUGCACUAUAAUGCACAAAUGGAUACUGACAUGGAUCCUGCCAAUUUUGCUCUACAGAUCAUACUUUUACAUUAUCUUUCUAAUGGGCACUGUAUCUUUAGCUUGCAAUGACAUGACUCCAGAGCAAAUGGCUACAAAUGUGAACUGUUCCAGCCCUGAGCGACAUACCAGAAGCUAUGAUUAUAUGGAAGGGGGGGAUGUAAGAGUGAGAAGACUUUUCUGUCGAACUCAGUGGUAUAUGAGGAUUGAUAAGCGAGGCAAAGUGAAAGGGACAAGAGAAGCAAAUAACAACUACAGUAUUCUAGAAAUCCGUACAGUGGCAGUUGGAAUAGUGGCAAUCAAAGGAGUGGAAAGUGAAUACUUUCUGGCAAUGAACAAGUCAGGACGACUCUAUGGAAAGAAAGUAUGCAAUGAGGACUGCAACUUCAUAGAAUUGAUUGAAGAAAACCAUUAUAAUACAUAUGCUUCUGCAAAAUGGACACACAAAGGAAAGGAGAUGUUUGUUACACUAAACCACAAAGGGGUUCCAAUGAAAGGUAAAAAAACAAAGAAAGAACACAGAGCAUCCCACUUUCUUCCUCUGGCAAUAUCUUAAUCACAGAUGGUCUAUAAAGAACUAGUUCCAGCAGGAAGAUUAAUUUUAAGAAGACUGUUUGACAAGAUAUCAAUAGAGGCUGGAAUACUACUGAGAAACUGAACAAGCUGGACUUGCGCAUUUAUGUUUAUUUUUAAGAGACUACAUGAAAAAGAUUUGAAAAUAUACACAAAACCAGAUUUACUAACUAAAAGUUGUAAAAAAUUCUAAAGAGUUGUACAAUCAUUAUCUUAGUCAUUGUAACUGGGUAGUUUCUUAAAUUAAUUUACCCUGAAGAAUAAUUCAUUACUUGAUUAUCUGAUAAUAUUUUAUUUAAAAAACUAUCUGCUUCUUAAAUAUGGCUGCUAUAAUAAUAAWAAGCAGAUGAUAAUGUUGUGUAAAAUAUGUCAGACUUUAAGGCUGCUGGAAUGAGUUGUCAGAUUAUCAAGUCAAUAGAAAAUGUGGAGGCUGAGCAGUAUUUUAAAUACUUCCCCCAAGAAACUGAUAUCCUAUACAUAAACUAUAUGAUCAAAAAAUAUAUAAUCUUGUAAAUGUUUAUUGUUGUAUUCAGAUAAGAGAGUUAGUUUGAAAAAAUUAAGUUUACUCUAACACAAAAUGUUCCUAUCUAUUAAUGAAACAAAUACCUAAUGCUGCUCUAAAAGAUGUUUCAAAUAGUGUAUGUAAAAUAAAAAUAGGAAUAAAUAAUGUACUUCAUCUCACUUUUCACAAAUUAACAUUUUAUAUAACAAUGAAGCAAAAAUUCAGACAUAUUAAGGUUUUUCAUGUAACAUAUCCUAUCUUUUGUAUAAUUCCUGUUAGGGCAAACAGCUUUCAAUAUUGUUUUUCCAUUCUUAUACAUGCUUCUUCUGUUGUUACAGCAUUAAACUUUAUUUUAAGUUGUAUUUGAACUUAUUGUUUUAAGUUAUUUAAAUGUUAUUUAUAAAAAAAAAACGAUACUUAUUAAGCUGCAUCUGUUUCAUAUGCUUUUAAUUCUAAAGGAAUAACAAAAUGGUCUGGCUGAGAUGCAUGAAUUUUUUUCUGUGACCAGACACAAAGACUAGUACACAACCCUCCUGCCAACAUACAUUGGAUGGCAGACAAAAAUGACAGCCUGCAGCAAAUCACACAAUGGACAUUUCAAAAGAAACAAUGCAAAAAUUUUAAAAAUCUAUGUCACAUACUCUCRAUAAUUGAAUUACUGGCAUGCUCAGAGUUAUGUCAGGUAAAAGAAGGUUAUAGUUCCAGCAGGAACUGGAAAUAAUCUUCAGAUGGUAGAACCUCCACUCACAGACACAGAAGUAUGUGCAAGUCUAUGUGACURGUUUGAAACUAGCGCUAAAACCAGCGUCACCUGAUGAAGAAAAGACAUGUUAAUUUUCUAUCUAAGUGUUCAGCUAAGCCCUACCAGAGUUAUGCAUUAUAUCCUUUCUUUCUGUUCAGUUUCCUGACACGUUUUCUUGGUAUUGUGAUAAUUUCACUUAGAUAAAGAUCACCAAAAAACUAGCUAAAGCAGCUGACACAGGACUGCGAGAGGGUCAAGUUAAUUUAAAAUGGUCUUAAAUGCUCUGCUUUGAAUAACAAGUGUCUAGAGCCAACCAUUUCUUCCUACAUGAAGCACUUUUAAGAGCACUCUAGAGAAAAUGGUGACAAUUUCCUAUGACAAAUAUUUUYUUAAAACCAGCUUGUUUAACAAAUAGUGCCAUUUGAAAAUCAAUUAUGAUAUUAGUAAGUCAAAAAUCAAAGAAUAUGAGAACAGAUCCAUGCAGAAAAAUUUGUCAAUACAGCUCCAUCAGUAAACCUUCAGUGUGCUUUUGCUAGUUUAUUUAUCACUUGUUCACUGAACACAAUAGACUGUACUAUGACUGAAGCUUUCUUGCUGUUACCCUCUCUGCACUACUUUUUAUGAAUAUAUAAACAGUGAAACAAAGUUCACACUCAUGAUCCACAGUAACAGCAGAACUUUCUAUAUCUAAAUUUGGUUAGUUGAAGCUUUGAAAUAAAAAUAACAAAACCUYGAUAAGAUUGUUUGUGUUUAAAAGCUUUACUGAAUUUUAAUUAAAAUGUAUACAUGCACGUCAAUAUAUAAAUAUAUAUGUAAAAAGAUCUUAAAACCAGAUGCAGACAGGCUCUUUUAAAUGAUCUUUUGAUUGUGUGAUUCAAGAAUAUAGAAAAACAGUUGAACAAAUCCUGAAUCCAAAUUGUAAUUAGCCCUCACUGCUAAAUGCUUUUAUAACAAAUCAUUAUGUUACCAUCAUUAUCAGGUAAGCCAAGGCUGCUUUGUGUUUUACAGGUGUCAUAACUGAAAUGUGUUCCGUGAGAGAAUUGUGCCUAGAAAGACACCUGAACUGCUAAUGGUGCAAUUUGUCAGUAACACAGUCAUACAUCCUUACCACUGAGCAAUUUUCAAUGUAUCUUUAUGACAGAAAAUCUCUUCUGAAAUACUKACUCAAAAAAAAUUCUGUUCAUUGCUAAAACCGGAGAAUAAUAAUAAUAAAAAAAUGAUGGUGAUCAUCUACAGCAGCAAAUUAUUAAAAGACAAGGAGAAUAAGAACAAUCGAAUAGAUUUAAACAGGAAUUUUAAAAGAUGCCAGAAAUCUUCACAAAAGUCUAUUACAAUUACAUCACAAUUCAACRCAAUCUUAACAGCAACAUGCAAUAUGCCAUGUACGAGGAAAACAUGUUUAUACUAAAGAAACAUAGACCUGUCUGGAAAUGGUUCAUUACUAACCUUCAUAAUACUAAAAGUUCAAGAAAACCCAAGCAAAGAGGGCUAUAAAAGCCAGCAUCAAGUGUAAUUUCUUUGUUUUUCUUCAGAGACAUUAGCUUCCAUGUACAUUUUCCUUUGUUUUCCACUGUCACUACACAGUGUCUCCAGAUGGGUUCAGAAGUGAAAUAUAAACUCCUGUGGUCAGGGCAGCACCUACAACAGCCAGUCAAGUUUCACAGAAACUGCUCCAUUACACGGGCUCUUUUACUAGAAAAGUUUUACUUACUUUUCUAUUAGUGCUAAUAAACAUUCCAGGACAUAGAAAAGAGCAAAUCUCAUCUGAGGAAUCUCAGAGAAGACUGCAGAAUGUCCAUUCUUGGAGGUUUUUAAGAUCUGACUGGACAAAGCCCUGUACAACCAGUGUGGGCCCUAAUUUGAGCAGGAGAUUGGACAAGAGACCUGCUGUAUUCUCCCAACCUAAAUGAAUCUAGGAUUCCAUAGGAAAGUUAUUUUUCUUGAAACAAUCCCUUCAAACAACUACACAAAACGUUUUCUGUGUUAAGGGGAUAAUUACACAUUUGUCUCAUAACUUGUGAGUCCUUAAASGUAUGCAAAAUGGUGUAAAUACAUGCCAUAACACAAUAAAAAUGACAACUGGACAAUAUCCAUGACCUUUAAAAUACAUUAUAUGGUACAAUAUGGUCUCACUUUUAGUUCUGUUGCAAGUACUUUAAAACAUGCCUCCGCAUAUCAUCUGUAAUAAUCACAUUACUAAAUGAUCAAUUAAUUAUUAAAAUACACUUCUCUGUGUUUUAAAUAACCUUUUUACGGAAAUAUGUAUAUUCUCUCUGAAUAAGCUAAAGCAAAAUGUAAGUUGACAUUAAAUCAAUAAAGUAAU